ACAAAAUGUUCAUUUAAAUUUUAAUAAAUGCACUUUUUUUUAUUGUUUAUGUUCUGUUCCAUGUUUUCUUUUUUCUUGUAGUUGUUCUAUUUUGAUAGAGUUCAGAGGUUAGACAAAAGGCCUCCAAGAAAAAUUCCUAUCAUAUCUGCAUGGAAUAGAGACAUGGUUCUUGAGAGGUUGAAGAUUGAAUUAGAAUUGGGAUUUGGGAGAGGGAAAGUUCUACCAAGGAUUGCUGCAGAAGUUGAAGAAAGUCCUGAGGUUAUAAAAUGAUCACUUUUUUUAACAUAAAUGUUCAUUUGUAUAAUCUGAAAUGUUCAACUGCAUAAUUUUUAAUAUUCAUUCAUAUAGGUUUUUAUGGAUGAUUUUGUUUCCCUGGUAAAAACAACUUGUUCAAACCUGUCAAAGCUUUCUUCAAAAUUGGUGAAGGCAAAGGAUAUCUUCCCUGGAAAUGACUUGGUGAAAAAAGUUGAUGAAGUUUUAGGAAAGGUGGCAGCUAGGGAACCAUCAAUUCUAAGCCAAGAUGAAGAAUUCUUUGGCAGUGAGGAUUUCCUAAAUGCACUUGCACAAGCUGAGAAGAAUCUGAUGCAAGGGUCUGAAAAGCAAACAACUGAGAAGCAAAUGACUGGGAAGAAAUUAACCAAAAAAGGAAAGGAAAAAGAACAAGAAUAUGACAUCAGAAAAGCUUUCAGCUUGGGGUUGACUCCACCUUCUCCAGCCAUUGAAACAGGGCCCACCUCUUCAACACUUGGUGAUAUAAUUGAACAACCAAUAAUUUCAACAAAUGCUGGAGAAAAGGAUGUGGGUAAAACUUCAGCACCUUCAGAACAAAGAAUUGAAGAAUUUUAUAGAACUGCAACUGGUUCAAAAUUUGAUGCUGACACUAGGUUAGAUAAUGAAGGAUUGCCUAGAACAGGAUCUGGUUCAGUGGUUGAUGCUGACCCUAGGUCAGAUGAUGGUGAAAAAAAGUGA